CGUUUCGAUAAAGUGCUGAUUUAUCCGCGGCUGAUCGCAUUUUAAGCUUCUGUAAACAUAUUUCACAAGUUCGAGUCGUCGUCAGUUUUAUAUACUUAUACAGGAAAGUGUUUUUGUCUGUGGCAAUUCUUUUUAUUACUUGGAAUCAAGCGCUCUUUAGGGAAAAGUGAAAUUUCAAGGGGCAAUUAACAAUUAAAGCUGAGAACUACCUACUUAAAACUAGAGAGACUCAUGAAUACAUAGUGUGGAUAGAUAUUAUUUUCUCACAAGUUGUUAACGAGAAAAUUCACAUGCAGGAACACUUGAGCGGAUUAUAUCAACACGUUGCUAAAGGAUCGAACCCCUUAACUGGCUUCGUGUAGUAAAUGAACGCUUUUAAUGAACCCCUGUGUUAUCCAGAAGGACUAAGAGCUUGUCACACUAGAGACUCGAACAUUACUAUGCAUCUAGAGACCAUACCGGCCGCAAACCAGGAACACACUCAUCACUCCGCGUUAAACACGAGCCUUAACAGUUCCGCUUCAUCGUCAGACAUGGCCGACUCAAAAAUUUCAGAAUCACCUGAUAUGAAAGUAAAGAAUGAAACGGACACGAGCGAUGACGACAAGAAGAAGAAGAGACAAAGAAGACAGCGUACACAUUUUACUAGCCAACAACUUCAGGAACUCGAGGCGACGUUCGCUAGAAACAGAUACCCGGACAUGGCAACACGAGAGGAAAUAUCGGCAUGGACUAACCUCACCGAGGCUCGAGUCAGGGUCUGGUUUAAAAAUCGCCGAGCAAAGUGGAGAAAACGUGAACGCAACAUGGAAACGUUUAAAACAGGAUUUGGUACCCAGUUUACCGGACUCAUGCAGCCAACAUUUGAUGACAGUUUCUACAAUGGUUAUUACAACAACUCCUGGGCAACCAAAGUUCCGAGCCCACUCGGCUCAAAGUCAUUUCCAUGGGGUUUCAAUUCAGUAAACCCCCAUCUUUCAUCCGUCGUUCCAUCACAGCCAAUGUGUUUUUCUUCACCAUCUACCAGCAUCAGUUCCAAUAUGGUUAACAAUGUACCAACAGUUCCAACCAACAUGAACAAUCCAAAUUCCCCGUGCCCGUACGCAAGUCCCGCUCCCCCAUAUAUCUACAGCCCUAACAGGGACACGUGCACAAACAGUAUCGCUGCACUAAGGCUCAAAGCCAAACAUCACUCUACUAAUCCAUUCACCUACCCAUCAAUGUCUCCACGUCAACAGUCACUGUCGGCAUGCCAAUAUGCCACCGUCGGUAAUACAGGAACAGUGUGAUGAUGAUCAUGUCGAAAUGUGUAAUAUAUAUAUAUAUAUAUACAUACACCUAAUCAAAUUGCUCGAAGGUGCAAAAGAUCUGAACUGUAUGAAAAGAGAUCUGAUUGGAUUCUAAUCUUCUACGUUUACUAACAUUUCUAUAAAUGAGGAAGAUUUAUUUAUACUAUGUUUUGAAUGCGAACUGAAUAAAACAGUGACACGUGAAUCACAUGCUAAACAUUGUAUGAUAAAUAUAAAGUUUAACUGAAAUAGAAAUAUUUUCAGUGAUGAGGGGUAAGAUAGAACAGUGUAUGUGUACGCGUGCAAUGUGGAAAUUUGUAUGACGAUUUAAUUUAGAUUAUUGGUGCGUCUUCCACUGCUAGAGUGACGACUGUAUCAAACCUGGGUUUCCAUAACAUACCGUAAGGUAGACUAUUUGUAUAUUCUUGUUAUCGUACAUUGAUUUAUAGAUGUUAUUAAAUGUGCUUUUAAGAAGAAACUUUGUUAUGCAUUUAAAGACAGAAAGAAUUGAUUGAACGGUGUUUCUGUUAUAGUUGCACAACCAUAUUAUUUGCCAAUUAACUGUGCAGAUAUAAUUAGAAAGGCUUCUAAACUUUAUAAAUUCUUUUUUCCAGAGAUGUAUAUACGAAUACAAAAAAUUGCUUACUUUAAUCUGAAAUAUUUGAAAGAUAGCUAAGCAACCCAUACGUAAAUAUCAUUCUAUAUAGCUUUUGCUGUAAAAGUCUUUUUUUU